UGUUAGUACUAUCUGAGGACAGCACAGCCACAUGAGCACCUUGGAUGAUGUCAUGUUUGACCCCCCUUGUUGUUGAGUCUCAACACUUAGCCAAAUUACUCACCACCAUUUCUACUUGGGUGGUCGACGCUUGACCCUCUUGCAUGACAUCAUGCUUGACCCUCUUGCAUGACAUCAUGCUUGACCCCCCUGUGGUUGGGUUUCAACACUUAGCUGGAUUUCUCUUCCUUUGUCGCCACAUUCUAAGGGUAUUCGUGUGCUUGAUGGCCCCCAUUGUAUGACAUCUUGUUUGACACCCCGGUGCAAGGUAAGUGGGCAACAUGGUUGAUAGACCGUCAUUUACACAUGUUUUUACCCCCAUUCUUACACCGUUUGAGGUGUUGAUUCUCGUGUUUUAGGCCGAUUUCACGCUAGGUUGUGCUUGUUUGUGAUGUUUCAGGUCCUAGUACGUGAAUGAAGGCUUAGGAGCGAGUCUGGGGUCGAUUGGAUGAAGAACGGACGAAUGGCGAGGUUUUUGGGGAGCUGCACGGCCAGACCACGGAGGCUGCACGGCCGUGCACGUGAGCAAUAUGGCCGUGCGCCUUAUGCCGAGGACACGCACGGGCAACCCCUGAAGCUCGCACGGCCGUGCACCCUGGCCGUGCGAGAGGGCUGAAGUUCGACUAAAUGACACGCUGCGUUUUGAGUUGCACGGCCAGAAUGGUGAUAUGCACGGCCGUGCACCCUGGCCGUGCGAGUCGGGAUUUCCUGGUUUUAAGCCAAAUUCCGAACCAAAGAAGAGGGAGAGCUGGGUUUUUGGAUCCCAAACACCCAAGGGACGAACCCUAGAGAGAGAGAGCGACUUGGGAACAUUCUUGGAGCUAUUUUGGAGGAUUUCUUCGCCAUUGGAGCUCGGGAAUCAAGCUUGGAGAUGGAGAUUGAAGAUCUAGAUCAGAUUUCUGCAGUCUCUCUCUUCUCUAUGGAGUAACUUCCCUUCACUUAGGUUUUGAGGAACCCUAGUUCCAUGAGUUAGGAUCUUUCUUGUAUGAAGUUUUGGAUGCUAUAUUGUUUGAUUAUAAUCGAAUGAUGCAUGUUUAUUGAGUCAAUUGAAGUCUGAUCAACUUUUCCUGAUUCCUGCUGCAAUCUGAGAUAGAUAGAAUCUGAUUAGGUUGCUAGAGUCUCAUCAUUCGAUAGUAGGAGAUUGGCUAUACGAGAGUUAGCCAGUUUACUGCUUUGUACUGGAAUCCAAUUCCAGUAGUGGAGUUCUGUGCUUAUUGCUUCAGCUUUCUAUCCCGGUGAAGACUAGUCGUCUGCCGGAUAGUUAGACUGAGAGGGCUUGGUCAGCUUAAGAGAUUCCAAGCUACUGUCGGAUCUUCCGCAGUUUAAUCAACAGUAAAUCAACCAAAAGGAAUUACAACUUGGACCUAAUUGAGGAGCUAGGGGGAAUCAUACCUAAGUGAGUUCCCAAACUGUAAUUAGUAGUUUUACUUAGUUGAGUUAGUAGAGUAGUUUAGUUAAUCAACCCUUAAUCUAGUUUGCUAGAUAAUGAACUGAAGCUGAGUAAUAGUAACUCUAGAGACCCGUGGAUUCGAUAUUUAUUACUUGUGCCACUAUACUGCAGUCCCUUUCAUUGGUUACACUUGGCCAUUGUUAGGUGUUGUGUUUUAGAGCAUCAAGUUUUUGGCGCCGUUGCCGGGGACUUUCUAGAUUAUUAGGAAAGGCGGAAGUUUGUUACUUUAGCGUUUUUCUUUUGUUUUCCACCCUUGCUUUUCACUUGGGUGUUUUUUGUUUUUGUUGGUGCAGAUUUGAAUCAUGGAUCCUCAUGUCUUCUCCAACAAUUGGGGGUAUCCACCACCACCCGAGUGGUAUUACCCUGAGACUCCCUACAGCAAUCAAGGAGGAGAAGACUAUGGAUUCGGGUUCCAGUACCAACCCCCUUUCUACGGAGAACAACCAGACCCCUGGGCAUAUCAAGAACAACCUCAUUACCAAGAAGACUUUCUCCCACAACCAGAAGGGCCAUAGGAGCUGGAGUUACCCAUGGCGGCCUUCACGGGCCACUCUGCAGAGCCAUGCUACACUUCACUAGAAGAUCCGAACAAACAAUUAAGGCUUCUCGUGGAGCAGUUUGCUCGAGACACUGAGAAAUCAUGCUCCAAGAUGGAUCUUCAAAUCAAAGCCCUUGCCACUUCCGAUCCCUCAUUUCUCCAUGAUAUGGAGGAGACUGUUCAGCGCUCAGCGAAGCAAACAGAGUGGGUGAAGCAAGUUUGCUCACAUCUUGCUCAAGAUCACCUUUCUGCUACCACGCUAGAAGAGGUGGAGGAUGACAAAGGCUAUGGGAGCGUUGAGGAGCCUACAGAAGUUAUCACAGAGAACUCCCAUGAUAACCAUGAUCGGGAAAGUCCUUUGGUUGCAGACCACACCUUUCCUCAUUUAUGCUCUAACAUGCUGGGCCCGUGCGAGGAGAUGCAAGAUGAUCCCAUUGAAGAAAUUGCUUGGCGACUUGCUCUCCAAUCUGUUCUAGAAGAAGAAGAGCGAGCAAGGAUGAGGAAGAAAGUUGUGGAUGAUGAGGAAGAAAGAAAAGAAGAGGUGGUUCUUGAUCUUUUCCUAGGGGAGAGACCACAUUUUGAAGAAGGAAGGGGGGUUGAGGAAGCAAUUGGCGUCCAGGCUGAGGAUGAAGUUGAGGUGGAAGAGGCAUGCACCGGCCAUGAGUUGCAAGUAAUAUCCCCACCAAACUUUGAGGAACUGCUUGGCAAGGACCCAUUUGCAGUGUCUCUUUGCCAGACCAAGGCCACAUCGACAUCAGUCCCUCUUGGUGGACGCGAUGGUGGCCAAUCGAUGCUGUCUUAUCUGGUUUGGGGCAAUGAGACGAGAGAAGAGAAGAAGAGGUCUCGAGGGUGGAGACUUCAUCUGCAUCAAGUACAUGAGCCUUCAUCACCUGCCAUACCACAUGCUCGUGACUUGAGACUCCACCUCAUCGACGAGAACCUCAACUUCAAGGAGGUUCUAGCAUGGACCGAAACUUAGGAGCCAUCGUCCGGCUCACGACGUGAAAGAAGCGCUUGUUGGGAGGCAACCCAACCAGUCGGUUUGCAUUUCUUUCUCUAUUUCUCCUCGGUUGAGUCAGUUUUGUUAUUUGAUUUUAGAGUCAAUAACUCAACCUUUGUGAGAUUUUGUGUGGUGUUUGUGUUCUGAUUACUCUCUCUUCCUGGACUGCACUGCCUGACCCGUACAUCAUCAUUCACCCUUGAUCUGGUAACUUCGUUCAACCCUCCUUAUCUUUCCUCCAUUGAGGACAAUGUCGUGCUUAAGUGUGGGGGAGUUAGGUGUUCGAUUAUGUAUGCGGGUGAAUGUUUGGCUGUUUGUGUGCUUGGAGCCUAGUCCACUGUCUAAAUUUUUAAAUUUGAGGGCUCCAAGUACGUGUUUCCUUGCAAUUGCCUGCUCAGUAUGCUUUGAAUUGACAGUCUUUACAGUAAUAUGCAACCUAGGGAGGUAGUGUAGCACUAUGGAGGAUGUUGAUGCAUUUAAGAAGUCUCAUUUCUUCUUCAUAUAAAGUUGGUUGAUUGAGUGAAUUAGUGAUCUUAGGACUCUUGAAUUGUGUGGUGUUGUGGAUUUUCUACCUGUCAUGGACUCUUGUAUCAUGUUUUGAAAGUAACAGGUGCUCGAAAAUGUGCUUCAAAAUAAACGUCUCCCGUGCGAAUAGGGCGAAAGUGUGUAAGGGGAGACGGGAAUUCGUUCCCAAUUUCCACCUACUACCUCCAGCCCCCUUACAUGUCUUUCCCCCGCACGAGGCUCGAGACAUCCGCUCCUGGCAUGGCCGGUAAGAGCAGGUUGGGACCCUUGAAAAAGAAAAGAAAAGAAAAAUAUCAGAAAACAAGCAAAACAGGAAAAAAAAAAGGGGGUUCCAACCAUCUUCAAGAAUAAAAUAGAGCACCUUGAAAAAUGUGAGUCCAUGAUCUUUUGUUUUUGAGAAUCUCUUCAUCCACAAUUCAUUUGUCCUCUGUUCACUAUUUGCCGUGAUGCCGACUCGCCGAAGAAGUUAUGAGAUGACUUGUGCGUCGGUUGACCUCGUAAGUUGCUAAAUGAUCUAGGAAGUCCUCUACCUACGAUCUGGGUUGUUUGUUGCUAUAGAGGUCUGGAGAGUUGCAUUGGUUUGAGUUAGGUUUGCUUGGGGACAAGCAAACGGUUAAGUGUGGGGGAGUUUGAUAGACCGUCAUUUACACAUGUUUUUACCCCCAUUCUUACACCGUUUGAGGUGUUGAUUCUCGUGUUUUAGGCCGAUUUCACGCUAGGUUGUGCUUGUUUGUGAUGUUUCAGGUCCUAGUACGUGAAUGAAGGCUUAGGAGCGAGUCUGGGGUCGAUUGGACGAAGAACGGACGAAUGGCGAGGUUUUUGGGGAGCUGCACGGGCAGACCAGGGAGGCUGCACGGCCGUGCACGUGAGCAAUAUGGCUGUGCGCCUUAUGCCGAGGACACGCACGGGCAACCCCUGAAGCUCGCACGGUCGUGCACCCUGGCCGUGCGAGAGGGCUGAAGUUCGACUAAAUGACACGCUGCGUUUUGAGUUGCACAGCCAGAAUGGUGAUAUGCACGGCCGUGCACCCUGGCCGUGCGAGUCGGGAUUUCCUGGUUUUAAGCCAAAUUCCGAACCAAAGAAGAGGGAGAGCUGGGUUUUUGGAUCCCAAACACCCAAGGGACGAACCCUAGAGAGAGAGAGCGACUUGGGAACAUUCUUGGAGCUAUUUUGGAGGAUUUCUUCGCCAUUGGAGCUCGGGAAUCAAGCUUGGAGAUGGAG